CUCUUCCGCCGCGGAAAGGUUUAACCGCCCAGAACCGGAAGCGCCGUCCUUUUCCGCUUUCCGUGUUGCUCGCGGCUUCCUGAGAGCGUCUCUCUGCCUGUAGGUGCCGGCGGCCGCACCUGGUCACCAUGCCCCGCAAGAUCGAGGAGAUCAAGGACUUUCUGCUGACGGCGCGGCGCAAGGACGCCAAGUCUGUCAAGAUCAAGAAGAACAAAGAUAAUGUGAAGUUCAAGGUGCGGUGCAGCAGAUACCUUUACACGCUGGUCAUCACGGACAAGGAGAAGGCGGAGAAACUGAAGCAGUCCCUGCCCCCAGGUUUGGCAGUAAAAGAGCUGAAAUGAAGCAGGAGUGCUGAUUUAAACUGUAUUAAAAUUAUUUUAAAAUAA